AUGGGGAAGCUUAGUUUGGGCAGGGUGCUAGACAGGUUUUGCCUUUCUUCUACUGGCUCAAGUUCUUGUUUCUGCAUGAACUCCAUGGAAAACGAAGACGAGUUUGAAAGAAGUCCAUUGGUAACCGGUGAGAAAGAUGAGUUUCUGAGACUGAAGGAUGUUGUUGCUGGAAAACAGACAUUGGCGUUUCAAUUGAAGCCGAAGAUGGUGAUGUUAAGGGUCUCCAUGCACUGCAAUGGCUGUGCCAGAAAAGUUGAGAAACAUAUCUCAAAGAUUGAAGGAGUGACAUCGUACAAAGUAGACUUGGAAAGCAAGAUGGUGGUUGUGAUUGGAGAUGUUCUUCCUCGCGAAGUGCUCGAGAGUGUCUCGAGGGUUAAAAAUGCAGAGAUUUGGAACUCCCCAUGCUGA